AUGGCGGGGACGGCCAGGCCGCCUGCUCCGUUGCCCUCGCUCGUGCUAAGAUCGCCGCCGGAGAGCGCUCCGGCGAGACCGGCUGCAACGGCCACCAACGCCAACACCACGACCACCAACUCCACCACCAACUCCACCACCAACUCCACCACCAACUCCACCACCAACUCCACCACCAACUCCAUCACCAACUCCAUCACCAACUCCAUCACCAACUCCAUCACCAACUCCAUCACCAACUCCAUCACGCCCGCCCACAACAAGACGACGGCUGCCCAACGACCUGCAUCCACCAAAGAACCCCCCACAGCAACAAAAGAAGCGGCUUCGGCUGACCGCGUCACCAAGCGGAAGCAGUCCAAGAGUCGAAAUGGCUGCGUGACGUGCAAAGCAAAGCGCCUCAAAUGUGACGAAUCCAAGCCCACCUGCCAGCAAUGCAAACGACGAGCCGUCACCUGUGGUGGCUACCGAAAAGACUACAAAUGGCGUCCCUUUGAAGAGCCAAACGUGCCCGGCAAACCACCGACAAAGACACGCAAAGAUGAUGGCCUGCAGCUCCCCCUCCACCACCACCACCAGGCCGGACUGGCACACCACGGCCAUGGCUACCCUGCCCAGUCUCGGCACAGGGUAGCCUACCCCCCGCCGCCUUCUCCCUUUCACAACCCGCACCUCGCCCCCGUUCAACCCUCCUGCUCGCGGCCCGCCUACGCCGCGUCGGAUGCCAUGUACCCUGCCUCCCAGUCUCCGCCCCAUCGGAUGACGCCUCUGUCCAUCUCGCCCGCCGACUCGUUUGCGCCUGGUGCUCUCGGCUCACAAGGCGGCCGGUUUGGCGCCAACGUCCUGGCUGGCCAGGCGAGGCAUCCGCCGCCUUCCAGCCUCUCUUCUGGCCAGUCCCCGCUCCUCGUCGACUUGCUGAACCCGGGCACCGACCUCACCGUCCCUCCAGCCGAAUACUCUUCCUUUCUCUCCCAACACGAAGCCUUUUACCAGCCAACCGGCCUGACUCCGCCACCCGCCGUGGAAGACGACGUCGAGGAGAUUACGCGAGUCACCCGCAACGAGUCCGAGUCCUGGGUCGUCCGUCUGCCAUCACCAGCCACCUCGCACUCGUCCAGCUCGGCUUCGAGUUCGCCAGAGCUCAGGAUACCCGCACAGCCGCAAUUCGCCCUUGCCGCCCCGGAAAAUCUCACCCGACGCUUCGAUCGAGAGACGUGCGGGGUGCUGUCGGUCAAGGAUGGACCGACGGAAAACCCGUGGCGGACGCUGGUCUGGCCCCUCGCUCGGGAUUGCCCUGCGCUCUAUCAUGCCAUUGCUUCCAUGACGUCGUUUCAUCAAUCCAAGGACGUUCCCGCCCUGCGCAUCCAGGGCAUCGACCACAUGACGACGGCAAUCAAGACCCUUUCCACAAGCAUUCAGAAUAUGCGGUAUGAUGCAGCCAUCUCGACGACGCUCGUCCUUGCCUUUGCAGAAUCAUGGGAUCAGCACAUUCGCACGGGCUUUGAUCACAUCAAGGGCGCCAAGAUCAUGAUCAAUGAUGCCCUCGUAGAGCAUCGCAAAACCCCGAAGCGGGGCGAGGAGUGGGCCCGUCUCAAGUUUCUCUGCAAGACUUGGAUCUACAUGGACGUCAUUGCACGUCUGACGUCUGCAGACGACGACGCCUCCAACGAUGUCGAUGCGGUUCAGGAGAGCAUCUACGCAAGUGGGGAAAUGGACCCGGUCCUGGAUCCGUUGCAGGGCUGUGCACACACCCUGUUCCCCAUCAUCGGUCGUGUCGCCAAUCUGGUGCGAAAGGUGCGCAGGUCCAAGUCGACGAGGAAUGAGCGAGAGGUGGUGUCACAAGCCAUGCAAUUAAGGGCCCAGCUCCAAGGCUGGACUCCGCCUUCGUUUAUCGAAAACCCCGAAGACGAGACGACGAGCCCGCACGACUCCAUCAGGACGGCAACCGCGUACCAAUACGCAACGCUGCUCUAUCUGCACCAGGCCGUCCCCGAGAUGCCAUCGCAGUCGUCGAGUGUGCUGGCGAAGCGAGUGCUCUGUGAAUUGGCCGCUGUAGAGCCGCGCUCCCGGUCCAUCAUUGUCCACAUUUACCCGCUCAUGGCUGCCGGAAGCGAAGCCACGGAGCCACAUGACCGCGAGUGGGUGGUGCAGCGCUGGACCCUCAUGUCACGGCGCAUGAAGCUAGGCAUCAUUGACCGCGGCCUCGAAGUGACCAAGGAAGUCUGGGGCCGUCGCGACGCCUACGAGGCCGGACUCGUGCGCAACGACGGCUUCUCGCCGGAUGUGCCACCCAAGCGCGACCUAGACGCCUAUUUUGAAGACUUUGAGGCGCAUGCUGAUGCCGGAUGGCAGCGCGACGCGGCUUCCAAGAGGAGGGCGGUGGAUGUGGAUGAGGGUGCGCCCACUGCGUCGUCGUCGUCGUCGUCUCAUGCCGCCGGUAUGCUCGUCGGUCCGGCGAGAAGACGACUGCGCGCUGGUGCCAGUCACGAGCUGCUGCCGCCCGAGUUCACGGUCAAGGGACGAUUGCAUUGGUUGGGCGUGAUGAAGGAAUGGGAGUGGGAGAUGGGAAAUUCGCAGCUGGCCCAAUCAACACGCCAUGGACAAAUAUUCUUGCAGCAAUCUAUUCCAGUCUUCUGGCCUCGGGCUAGCAAGUUUCGGGGAACAGGUGGCGGUUUGAACAAGUCUUUGGUCUCUGGCGUGAAGAUGGCAGAUGGCUUGCUAGAUGGGGAGGAGCAGCGUUGA